AUGCAGGGAUGGGACUUGCGCUACUUGCAGGACUACGAUGAUCUAACGCACGAGUACCAUGUGCUAAAGGAUUCAGUGGUCCGGGAGCGCGACGAGCUCGUCCAAUUGCGUACUGCUCUUUCGACUGCAACAGCCGAGGCACGAGCGGCAGCAGCUGAUGCAGGUCGAGCAGCUGCUGCAGCGGUUGUGGGAACAUUGGAAGAAACGUUUGCGGGGUUUUUCGACACGGUUGCGGAGAGGCUCAAGGGUAUGGUGGAGCAGGCGAUGGAGGCAGCGUCAAAAGGGGGGAAGCUGGAAGCCACGAUGGCGCCCGAGUCCGUGAAUCACAUAGAAAAGGCUUUCGAAGAUAGUGUAUACACGGUGUGGGUGGAUCUCAAAACUUCGGACGACGCAAACAAGCAGACCUUCAAGGCCCUUCAGAAGGCUCUGGCAGGAUUGGCGAAUGAGGAGGGUGAGGCGGGCGCUGGUGUGGCGGAUCUCGACUUGUCUGGUCCAGUGAGUACAAACUGGAGAGCGUCGUUGGCCGCGAAGGAGUUGCAGAGAGAAAAGGAGAAGGAGAGUGCGGAAAGGAAGGCUGCCGAGGUUCGGAAGCGGACUGCAAUUCAGAGGACGCAAGCGACCAUUGCAGAGAAGACGCGGGCAAGGAUUGUUGGUAGCAGCGAAAGAGCGGCGGGAAACCGAGCGGCGGAUACAGCCGCAGAGCCAAGAUGGACGCGGGAAGAGCUUGCAGCUGCGUUCGAAAAGAGGCGGAAAGAGGAUGAGCAGGCGAAGGAGGCAGAGCGGGCCGAGAGAGCGGCGCAGAAAAAACGCAAGGCGGAGGACGAGAAGAGGGUUCGUGAGGAGCAGGCGAAGGAGGCAGAGCGGGCCGAGAGAGCGGCGCAGGAAAAACGCAAGGCGGACGAAGUGAAGAGGGUGCGUGAGGAGCAGGCGAAGGAGGCAGAGCGGGCCGAGAGAGCGGCGCAGGAAAAACGCAAGGCGGACGAAGAGAAGAGGGUGCGGGAGGAGCAGGCGAAGGAGGCAGAGCGGGCCGAGAGAGCGGCGGAGGAAAAACGCAAGGCGGACGAAGAGAAGAGGGUGCGGGAGGAGCAGGCGAAGGAGGCAGAGCGGGCCGAGAGAGCGGCGGAGGAAAAACGCAAGAAGGAGGAGGAAGAUAAGAGGCUGCGGGAGGAGCAGACAAAGGCAUUGAAGGUUGCUGAAGAGAAGCGGGCGGAGGCAUUGAAGCGGCAAAUGGAGCUCCAGGCAGAGCGUGAGAGGAUGCACGCACAGAUGGAGAAACUUGCAAAGUUAGAGGAAGUUGCAAAGGAGGAAAUGGAGAGGCAACAGGAGGAGUUGGAGGCGCAGAAGAAGAAGAUGGAAAAGAAGAGGCAACAGAUUGCGGCCACAGAUGUGGAGGGGGUAGCAGGGCAGGGGCAGGGAGGAGACGCGAUUCUUAGCGUGGUUCCGACGGCGAACCCCAGACAGCCUCUUGAAGUUGUGGAUCUCGCAGAAGAUGUGGAGUCAAUAGAUCUGACAGUCCAGGCUGAUUCAGAGUCCUAA